CAACGGCAAUCUCAAGCCUCAACCGCAGCCGCCUCGUCACCGUCACCGUCGUCGCUACCGUCGUCGUCGUCGUAGUCGCCUUCAUUGUCCUCGCCGUCGUCUCCUCCUUUUGGUCGUCGUGGAAACGGUUGGUGAGGAUGUGCCGCCGUUAACAACCACGCGCCUACGGAACAUGUUCGCGCAACGGCCGUAGCAAGCGGCAAUCUCCACGGCAUCUCGCCAGACGCCGCCGGCUCUCUCCGUGCGAGAGCUAACCUUUACAGAGGCCGAGGGUGCACCUUCCCCUCCAGCACGUUUGGCCGUACCGCCUUCGCCGUGCCCGGGGACAGCGGCGCGGCCUGACACCACGAGGACAUGAAGUGGCUCGGCGCGAGCAGCGGAGGCGCCGGAGGCGAACCGGCAUCCUCCAUGCAGCUGCAUCACACCUCCGCCAACGGCCACAUACCCACGGAUACGGAACAGUGUGGGCAAGUUAUGGCUGGUGGCGAUAAUAUGCGAAUCCAACCUGGUCAGACUCAUCAAAUGGGAGUGAGUAGAACUCAAGACGACGCUAUGGUUGGUUAUGUGUUUCAACGACCUACAGAGCCAGAAUUUAACACCCAAUCUUCGACUUUCCAAGCAAAGCAAGCUCCAAGAGCUUGGGCAUUGGCGGAUGACGUUAUUGUUGAUAAUAAUCAAGAAAAAUGGAAAUAUUCUAUGACUAAGCUUAGUGUACCUCAACAAAGUCAAUCUCAACAAUUGGGAUUGACUAUGAACAAUGUACAUUUGAGUAAUGUACCUUAUGAGAUACAUCCUAUGCAAUUAAAAAGUGGUGCGCCUGGUGCAGAACAUUUGGUCUAUUUAAAUAAUCAGAUGACUGCUCAACAACAAGUUGCUCUCUUUCAUCACCAACAGCAGCAGCAACAACAAUUCAGGAAUGGACAGAUCGCUCCCUCGACAAAAAAGCUCUGGGGCGUGGACGAGGGUGGCUCCAAGGACGAAGGGGGUGUAAAAGGCGGUGGGACCCUGCUUCACCUGGGCGACCACCCGACCACCAUGUGGCGAGAUUCCACCUGGAGUACGACGUCAGAUCAUGCAGUGUCACAGCCAAUUUCAAUGGGUACGGGCAGACGUGUGGGAGUUGGAACGGGAUAUCACCAUCAAGCAUCAGAAGUUGGAACAGUGCUUAGUCCUAGAAGCAGCGAAACAGGUGGUUUGGGAGUUAAAAUGGUUGAAUACGUUCUUGGAUCGAGUCCCACUACACCAAAAGAUUUAGAACCACGAAUGGUUUCUCUAAGAUUGAAUACUGAUGCAGACAAGAAAGAAAAAGAAAAAGGUUCAGCAAGUCCCUUUGAUAGCACAAAGGAUGAUGCUGGACCACAGGGUAAUGGAUUAGCGUCCCAAAAUGGUUUAGACGACGACAAAGGGUUUAACCGCACACCUGGAAGUCGCCAACCGUCACCGGGCGAAGAAGAGUUUCAGAAGAACGCUGGUCCCGCAUUGGUAAACAAUAACGUUGUUCUGUUAAAACCUGGGAUUGACGUUGUCGGCAAUGAGGAACAUUUCAUGGCAGCAUUUGCUCCAGCACCACCGCAUCAUCUGCAGCAUCAUCAGGCACCACCGACUCAUCAUCUACAACAUCCGCAUUCACACGCAGCAGCGCAACUCUUCGGGGCGCAAGCCCCACCGCCGCCACAAGGUCCACCGCCUUCGCAACAACAGCAACAACAACAAGGUCCUCCGCAACCACAAGAAACCGCACCCUUUGAUGUCGGGACACUGUUCCGUAGUCAACCGCAAGGCGCGACACCGCAACAACUACAACUUCUACAGCAGCAGCAACAACAACAGCAGCAACAGUACUUAGCCGCAUCCCAAGCGCAGCAACAACAGCAGCAACAACAGCAACAAAACUUUCCUACUGCCCCCUAUACUGUUAUCAGUGGACAGGAGCCUUACGUAGGGGCGCUGAUAGCUGGCGCACCACCUCCUGUAGUACCGCAAUACUAUGGUGUCGGGCCCUGGGUCUAUCCGGCUGCUGCCGCGCAGGACACCGCCAACAAUCUGGCACAAACGGUACAGGGUCAGUAUCAGGUGAUACCGGCUUACUACGAUCAGAACGGUUCCAUCGUCAUGGGAGGGGUGCGCGGAUUAAGUUCGGCAGCGACCCCCAUGAGAUUAGUCAGCCCCGCACCAGUUCUCGUAAACAGAGCUCCGUCUCAACCACCACCGGGUCCACCGGCACCGCCACCGCCAAAUUUAUAUUCUCAACCAACUCCGACAUCACACAGCAACGCUACGCCUGGCGAAUGUCUAGGUCUGGCAGCGUGCAGCGCAGCGGCAGUGGUCGCGCAAGCCCAGGCAGUUGCGGUGCAACAGGCGCAGCAGCAAGGCUCAGGACUUGCCGCAGGUUUAGCGGCUCUAGGAUAUGGUGGCUCCCCGCUCGGAGCGUUGGGCUCGCCUGCCCAACUACAAAACACAGGUUUAGGCCUCGGUGCGUCUUCAACCGGCAGACGUGAUUCCUUUGAUAGAAAUACUUCAGCCUUCAGUCCAAGCUUGGAAUAUAGCCGGGCGAAGUGGCCUCAGAGUUACGGCGCCCUCGAUACAGGUACCUGGGACAGAGUGUAUUUAGCUACAAAUGCAGGUACUCCCUGCAAAGAAUAUACAGACACAGGUACAGUUACUGCGUCACCAAGUCCCUUAGGCUUGUCAUUAACACCCCCGCCAACUUUAGGAGGAUCAUUGGGUGGUCUUGUUGGAGGUGCCAGUCGAGUAUCAGCGGCUCCCGGUGCCGAAGCGAAGUUCCGCGCCAGCGCGGUACCCACCCUAACAGCCAACGGAGUGUUUGGCUCUAGUAGCUCUCUGUUUCCUAAUCUUGUAGGCAAACCUGGCCGUGGAGGUGCCGCUAAUAUCAACGACAAAAAUUCUGGAGGACGAUCUCGCCUAUUGGAAGAUUUUCGAAAUAAUCGUUUCCCGAGUCUUCAGUUGCGUGAUUUGGCUAAUCACAUCGUCGAGUUCAGUCAAGAUCAGCAUGGUUCGCGAUUCAUUCAACAGAAAUUGGAACGAGCCUCGGCCAGCGAGAAGCAGCUUGUAUUCCAAGAGAUCCUUUCCUCCGCAUAUUCUCUCAUGACUGAUGUCUUCGGAAAUUAUGUUAUACAGAAGUUCUUUGAAUACGGUACACAAGAACAGAAAUCGACUCUCGCACAAAAGGUUCGAGGACAUGUUUUACCACUUGCGCUGCAGAUGUAUGGCUGCAGAGUCAUACAGAAAGCACUCGAGUCGAUCGGACCGGAACAGCAGCAGGAAAUCGUACGAGAACUAGAUGGGCAUGUGUUGAAGUGUGUUAAGGAUCAAAACGGGAAUCACGUUGUGCAGAAAUGCAUCGAGUGCGUUGAACCCCGAGCAUUGCAGUUCGUGAUAGGAGCCUUUGCGGGACAGGUAUACUCUUUGAGUACUCAUCCGUAUGGCUGCCGAGUGAUCCAGCGUAUCCUCGAACAUUGCACCGCUGAACAAACUCAAGGAAUUUUGCAAGAAUUACACGCUGCCACUGAUCAACUAAUUCAAGAUCAAUAUGGCAAUUAUGUCAUUCAACAUGUACUUGAGCACGGAAAGCCAGAGGACAAAGCACAAUUAAUCAGCAGCGUUAGAGGUAAAGUACUCGCUCUUUCUCAGCACAAGUUUGCGAGUAACGUCGUCGAAAAAUGUGUGACUCAUGCUACAAGACAGGAACGCGCUGUACUAAUUGAAGAAGUUUGCGGUUUCAAUGACAAUGCACUGAACGUGAUGAUGAAGGAUCAGUAUGCCAAUUACGUCGUCCAAAAGAUGAUUGACGUCGCGGAGCCAGCGCAGCGCAAGGUGCUGAUGCAUAAGAUCCGGCCGCAUUUGGGAAGUUUACGCAAAUACACCUAUGGCAAGCACAUCAUUGUUAAAUUGGAAAAGUUCUUCAUGAAGACCGCUUCAGCGAUGGGAGUAGGAGCGACGUCUGCUGGUACAUCAACAAGCAGCGGAGGCGGCGAUCUCGGCCCAAUCGGACCGCCCGCGUCUGCCGCGUCUGGUCCAGUCUCAACGUCGAACCAACAAUCAACGCAGGUUUUAUAAACGCGCAUGCACGGAAUAGCCUCUCUCCGCGGAAAAAGAAAAAAGAUCCGCGAAGGAGGCAAGGAAAACCGCAUGUCCGCAUGUCGCGUUAAGUACUACCUUAUCUUUUUACCUUAGCGAGAUCUGUUCUACCUAUCGACGGGAAUCACGAAUUUCAACGAAUUUCCCACGUAUGUUUCUUUUCUCGUUUUGCCCUAUGUCCUUCGAAGAUAAGAGAAAAAGAAGCGGAAAAAUAAACUUCUCUAACGAUUGUUUCUCGUGAGAAAUUUGUUAAUGUAACGAUUUUUCUUAUUUUUGCAAUCACGAAGUCGACGAUAUUUGUACAGUAAACCAGCUUUUCUUCGGGACUCUGGCAAUGCGAGAUCAAAUUAUGGCGAAAUCCGUUCUAACGAGAACCCCACGAAAAAAACAGUCCGUAGAAACGAGGAUAGAUACGUUGUAGCGCAUUUUUCUAUCGUUUUGCAACAUGUACCCCUACUUGGAAAAGUACCACGUACGUAGAGAUAUUCGCAUUACCGAUCGAGCAUAUUGAGUAGAAGUGUUGCACUAUGAUUUCUGGUUUGCAAGCGAUGAUGUUUCUCACGAUCGGCUCGAGUUUCAGGUACGUUUCACGACUAAUCGGCGCACGCUGAGCUAAGCUAUUGGCUAAUAUUGUGCCGCAUAAAAAUGCAUUAAAUUUCGUACAGAUCCAUAAAAGAGGAUCACUCGAUUAUUAAAUUAUCGUGCAGAGCAGUUACGCUGGAUUUAUUAGAUGCGUUACGUCCCCUCAAUUCAGCACAUAGAAAGGAAAAUAUGUAAGGGCUUUAUUCUCUAAAAGUGAACAAAACGGAACAUUACGGAUGUGCGAAGCGCGAUUCUCGUCAAGAAUUAUAUUCGGCGAGAAUCUUAACAACAAGCUUCUACGAGGGCGACGCGAUAAAAUCACGGACAGUUUUAGAGACAGUUAGGUCUUAGUGCUGCAUGCAUUUAUAUCGAAUUGUACGAGGGUUGUAACACAUUACAUACACACACACACACACAUACACACAUACACACAAAUAAACACGCCGCGAAUAAUGUGUGACGUUCCCGAUCUCGCGUAUACCGGGCCGCUUCCUCUCUUUUACACGCAACCUGCUUUAGUAUUAUUUUUAAACGCACGGUAUGCGCCCGAUCGACGAGUCAGCAGACGAGAAAAUAAGGUUAAAACUUGAGAAAUAGAAGUUUUUUUAGGAGUUAUAGAUAUGUUGUUUAAAUGUAGCAUAGCGUUUGACAUGGGAAUGAAAAAAAUCAGGCAUAGACCCUUGGACCUCUGACCUGACCAUCGAUCUGUCCCCUUGAGACUAUUAGGAACGUUCACACAAGGAGCGAUUAUUUCGUUAUUCGAUUUUUUUCUUUUCUUUUUUUCCUUAUUUUUUUAACGUCAAAAUAAUCUUUAAAAAGUUUCUAAAUGAAAAAAGGGUUAAAUUUUUUUUCCUUUUUUGUUCGCCUUGAUUUUCUAUGAACGUAAUCUACACAGAGGGAAGUGAAGACAGAUACGAAAAAGCAGACAAAGUGAGACAACAAGAUGAACUGUUCACGUUACCGCGUUCUCCUUUGUUAAUUUUUUCAUGUUCGUAGCUUCCGGAGUAAGGAACAUGGCCUUUCCUCACUCUUUCCCUCUUUUUCUUAUUUCCAUCAUUUCCCGUAUAUUCUCCCGUCCCUCGAGCCCUCUUGAGAUCCUCGAAUUUUGUAAAUUGUGAUAUAAAUAAAUAACAAAUGUGUAUAGGUACAAAUAUCCGAAAUACGCGAGGACCGAUAAAUUCAGUGAAUAUUUUAUUUUCCCUUAUUUCUUGACGGAGUCUGUGAAUAUUAUGUAUUAUAUAAUAAUUACUAAUUAUAUUAAAUUUAUGAUUUACGUUCUAAACGCUGCUGUCCCAACCGUAGUUACGCUCCCCCUCCCCCUCUAACCAAACUCAUCCGAUUUCACAUUUUUCCGAAGUAUCCAAUUGUAAGAUAUAAACAUAUUUCAUGGAGUUGCACUAGGCAAAAAGAAAUUAUAUAUACAUACAUAUAUAACUAUAAAUAUAUAUAUAUAUAUAGAGAGAGAUAUCCCUCCCUGUCCUCCCCUUUAAAUAAUUUGCAGCUAUCAUUCUUGGAACGUAAAAGACGAAGACCAUUGUACAUUGUAUAAAUGAUAUAAACGCGUUCUCGAGAAACAAAAAUAUCAGAAGAUCGUGCACAACGCAUGUGUAUCUAUAAUCCGUUCGCGCCAUUUUCUCCCCAUUAUCUCUUCGGAUAUACAUAUAUACAUUCAGACACACACCACACUUUGAAUAUUUCAAUUGUAUUAUAGACCGUUGGAGGACAAAGAGCGCACACUCAGCCAUUUUCAUUGGGAUCGCGCGUACUUUAUGCUACUGUGAUGUAAGGAUUCUCUUUUCUCGGUAAAAACAAAUUUUUAUACAUAACUUAGUAUUGCUUUCUUUCGAUUAUCAGCCGCCCUCUCGUGUAUAAUGAUGUGAUAUAUUUCGUUUCGAGAUAGAUGUUAAAUAUGUAGAAAUCAAAGGGAAAAAAGGAAAAUAAAAGAACUCACAAAACUCGCCAGCAAACUAGAUUAAAUGCCCGUCGCACGACUCUGUACAAAAAGAAAAAGCAAAGAAGAGGGAAGAACGUAGCAGCUUUCUUUGUAAGAUAUUGUAAAUAACGAUUUAUUAACGAAAUUGACAAAUUCUUAAGUACCUCUUCUCUCCCUCUCUCCCCCCCCCCCCCCCCCCCAGCUAUCACUCUCUCCCUCUCUCUCUUUCUUUCUUUCUCUUUGUUCGAAACAAAGGUUACCCUUGUCAAAAUGCCGUUAAGGGGGUGGGUUACGGACAAACACGCGACGAAAGUAAACGCGGUAUUUCAUCGUUCGAUGCCGCUUAUGAUGCGUAAAUUCCACGAAAUGCUUGACUCUCGCUUCUUCCUUGCAGCGGGCGACCCUUCCGAAAAUCGCUGAGGCUGCACGUUCGCUCUAUGUAUCACACAUAUUUACAUGAUACUCACACACACAGAGUAACACAUGCAUAUGUAAUUGACACGCUGUAAAGAGGCGAAAAGUACGAUAGACCUCUCGUGAAUAUAGACAGACAUUCCAGUCGCCACCUCAUCUUCAGUCGACAGGACGCCGGACCUGUAAAAACCGCUUUAAAAAAAAGAAAAAGUAACGAAUUACGUAGAAUGCGAGAAACGUGUAAAACGUGCUUGUAAAAAACUAUGACAAGAAGAAAAAAAAUAGUUCCUUCAUCCGUAAUAAUGAUAAAUCGCGAUCACGUGUUCAUCUGUAAAUUAAAAGUCGUUAAAGGGAAGAAGAUACACUGCGCCUCUCAUCUGUAAUAGAUUCCAUCGAUCGCACCUGACAAAAUCGCGCAUAAGGGAAGCGAGGUAUAAAUUAAGCGAGAAAAAUGUUGCGAAAAAGGAAAAACGGCACGAAGCGUAAGUCGAACGCAAAAUAUCUCAUGUCUUAUCAGCUAACGUAAGAUUAUCGAUUUAUCUAUCGUAUUUUUAGUACUAUUAUCAUUAUAUUAUGAUAUUGUAUUAUUAUUACUAUUAUUAUUAUGCUAUCGUAUAUUGUUUGAUUAACGGUCCUCUUUUCUCUCCCUAUUUGAUUAUUCAUUUCCGCUAUUACUAAUCGCGCUAGACAUAUGUAAAUAUAUGUAUAUGCAUAUAAAUCCGCACGUAUAUACAUAUACAUACGUAUGAGCACACGCAUAUAUACAUAUAUACAUAUACAUAUAUACAUAUACGCAUGUAUAAGCUCGGCACAUGUAACACACAUUUAUAAAUAUGAUAUAACAUGUUCCAAGUACACUUGUCAUUAAUCUUUCCGAUUGUCACAUUUCUCCUAUCUCUCUCUUCUUCUCCUCCUUUUCCCAUGAUAAAAUCUCUCGAAAAUUUGGUAUGAACGUUUAGGGAUAGAAAUCGCAUUAAUCUAACAGUCUGUCGUCAUAUAUCUACUUAAGCCUCCCUCUUGUACCAGACGAAAAAAAAGUAAAAGAAUUUAUCGAUUUUUAAUUAUAAAUAGUGUAAAUUUUUUAUAUAGUGCAAAAAAUGCGAUAUCGCUGAUGAGACGCUGUCCGAGCAAAUGCGUUUAUUGCGUGUAAAGAUAUGGAGUGCGGAAAAAAAAGGAAAGGAACUUGUGACCGGUGAAAUCAUAUGAUCUUCAUUCGAUCUUUAUCUGAUCUUUAUUAUCUUUUGUCAGCUGUACACUUCCUAGAAAUAAAUUUUACGAAUCACGUUGAUCCAGACUGGGUUGAGUUUUCAAAGUAUGAUCGACCUCGUAAAAAAAUUUCGUUUCCUUUCUUUUUUUUAAUGAGCGUCUAAAUUGACGAUGACGUUGUUAUGUUCGUUUGUUGCUUUUGACAGCAGUCUUGAACACCGUGAUUUGUAAAUUCGAUCAAACUUUCAUCUGCGAAAGAGAAGCAAAGGGAGAAGCGAUUUAUCCCGAUUUUUCCGCAUAAAUUCUGGGACGUCUUUGCUGCUCUUUUGGUGUGAUGAUAUGCGGAGAUUUUUGCGAAACGAGAGCACUUUAGAGCAUCGCAUUCCCAUAAUGACGCAUCUCCGAGAGUGAAGGUAUAUCUGAGUGGAAAAAAUAGAAAAAUUGUAUCCAUGAAAUAUUG